AUGGCGACAAUUCAAGCACCUGCCGGUUGCUGUGAUCUUCUUCUUCUCCAAAAACCCUUCAAUUCUUCCUCUAUACGCAACUGCAAUAUAAGUUCAUCCUUCUCUCUAACCUCCAUUAACACCACCCCUCUUUCUCUCAAUAACCCUCGCAAACUCCGAACAACCUCUUGUUCACUUCUCGAAGACGGUGUACCAGGUUUACUGCCACUCAAUGCUGUAAAAACAGUUGAUAAUAUUAACCGUGGCUGUUCUGCAGUUCAAGCUCUUGAAGUUGAUCCUGUGUUGGCUGUCAAGAAGAAGGCGAUGGAGGUAUCACCUGGGUUGAAAGGAACUUCCAUAUAUCUUGUCGGUAUAAACAGCACUAUGAAAACAAGAUUAGGGAAGCUUCUGGCAGAUUCACUUCGGUAUUACUUUUUUGACAGUGAUAAUUUGGUUGUGGAAGCUGCUGGUGGUGAAGCUGCAGCAAAACAAUUUCUAAAUACAGAUAAAGCUGGAUUCCGUGAUUCAGAGGUGAUUUUUCAUUGUCUUGCAGUUUAG